AUGGAUCAAAGGCUCUCCUCGGCAUCAGUAAUUUUCCCAGGACGCAGGCGGUUCCUUCCGAUUCGAAAAACGAAACACUGUGAAUCCAGGCUCAGGCGCUCAGCCGGCCAUGGGGACGGCCGCCGCCGCCGCCGCAAGAAAGCUCAGAUCAAAUCGGCGACGGAGGACAUCCCGGACGAGCUCCUCUGCCUGGUGUUCAUGCGCCUCACCUCGCCCGUCUACCUCGUCCGCGCCGCCUCCGCCUGCAGGCGCUGGCGCCGCGUCAUCGCGGCGGACGUCCUCGGCGGCUCUCAGGCUCAGCAGCACCGCGUCAUCGGCCACUACCACGUGGACGAGCCCCUCGCCGUCGCCGCCACGCGUCCGCCCGGCCGCCACCCCGUCUUCCUGCCUGGGGCCGGGACCAAGGACGUCGUCGUCGUCGCCGCCGCCGCGGCGCUCGACCUCGACUUCCUCCCGCGGACGGAAUUCGGCGAGCUCAACUGGGAGCUGGCCGACGUCCGGGGCGGGCUCCUGCUCCUCGCGCGCUUCAGCCACGCACAGGAUCUGCUGGGUCUCGUCGCUUGCGACCCCCUGGCCCGGCGCUACAAGACGAUCCCUUUCUCGGCCUGGUUCCACGGCCAACGCUGUUUCCUGGGCGCCUUCCUCCGACCCGAGGACGACGACGCAGCUGGCAUCAGCCUGUCAGAUUUUGGGGUCACGUGCGUGCUCUACCGUGGCGGCAUUGCCAAGGCCUACGCGUUCUCGUCGUCCGCCGCCGGUGGUGGCCGUUGGACCUCUGGCGCCGCGCGUGGGCGUGGCGGCGCGGUGAAUUGCCGCGACGGCUAUCAGCCGGUCAGCUUUGCCGGGAGCACCGCGGGGUCCGCCUACUGGACGGUUGGGUUUGGGGCCCGUGUGGUUGUUGCUCUCGACAAAGAGACCGGCGAGCUCUCGUCGGCGUCCGUCUUGCCGGACGCGCUCCGUCCGUCUCUGGAUUACGCCUACGAGUUGCCUUGGCCACCGACCAUCCGAGCUUGCUUAUCAUAGGCUCGUCCUAGCUGCCUUGCUUCGGUUUAUUGCUCUUAGUGCUGUAUUUCGGUUCAUCGCAUUGUUCUGCUGCUGUUUUAAACAUUUAUCUCGUCUUAAGCCUAUCUUUUGUGAAACUGAACUUGUUUGUUUUAGAGAAGCUCAGCUCAC